AUGUCCGCCGAAGAAAUGAACACAAAGUUGCCACAAGGCGAGCAAACCGAAAGCCUCGGAUUUGCCAAGAGACUAGGCAAGAGACUGUCACUGAACCACGGAAGCAAAGGAGGCUCUUCUCAGGGAGGAAAGGGCGACGAGAUUCUCAACAGAAGCUCAUCUAUCCGGGAUGAAGUCAGCCAAGGAAACUUCAACGGUGCCAAAGACAUCAUCACCAAAGGCCAAUCGACCAAGGAAUCAAUGAGUCAAGGCGAUUAUGCUGGAGCAUCGAGUAGCGCAGGAAUCACCAAAGACAGCGCAAACGAGGAAAAUGCCCAACAAGCCUCUCAGCAAGUGAGCAAGGGUGGAAUCGGACAAGACAACACCGGGAAAACUUCCACCGGAGGAUCAAACUUGGAGCAGAGAGAUACUGGUGCCGAUCAGCCAGAUACUGCAAAUGUGAAGCAAGAAGUCGAGAGUGGCAGACAAAGCGAGACCGCGGAAAAGGCCACCGAAAACACUACUGAAAACACCACCGAAAAGAAGUCUAAAGAGACCGGAAAUCUCAAAGACAAUCAGAAUGAAAAGACCGACAAGACCGGCAAGAGCGACAAGGCCGACAAGAAGGAUCGCAGGGGCAGCGUGGCAGCUGGAGUCCUCGAGCCCAAUUACGACAUACGCAAAGGGCCCAUUACCGUUCCUGGCACGUUCCAAGAAAAGAACUAUCACAACAAGGAUGGCAGAGAAACCAUUAUGCAAAGGGGAGUUGACAGCAAAACUCUCUCGUCGGAAGAAAAAACCGACGGGACCAAAGAUGCUGGUGCCAAUGCCAGCGAAGCCAACACGGACCAGAAAGACUUCUCCAAGUCUGCGUCCGGUGAAAAAGAAGAAAUCCCUUCAGACCAAGCAAAGUCCGGAGCUGCCAUGGCCGGGGGAGAUUACAGCGAUAGCUUCAUCGACAAUGAGCUUCAUGACCAGCAGAACAUUGGCUCAGAUGUUUUUGACGAUGGCGCUGGCGGCAAAGGUGCUUCCCAAGAGCCUGCAGGUCCAGAUGCUUCAGGCAAAUACCACCUCGACAAAGCAAAUCUUGACAGGCAGGGCUCCUUGACAUCGCAAGAGGCAGGCAAGGGCGCCGCGGCCGCUGCUGCUAUCACAGGAGGAGGCUAUUUAGGUAGCAAGGGUGUCACCGAAAAGAGCUCCGCCACUCGGAACCUGACCACAAAGCAAGCCUCGACUACUGGAGCUGGCGCCGCAGCAAAUAAAGACCCUGCGUCGAUAAGCCCCAAGAGUGGAGCGAUUGCCGCCGCGGGCGGUUAUGGUUCCACAGGCGGACAAGGCCUGGCAAACAAGUACAGGUCUUACGCCGAAGCAGCCAGCAGUCAGAGCAGCCUUUCGGAUAAUGCCAAUCCUUCGGAAAGCUCCACCACAAAGGCAGUCAAUGAGUCGGGACGUCCUCGCUCCACCACGACCGGUGCCGCCAACGAAAAGGUCUACGCCAGUGCAGCCAAACCGAACCAAGCAGCACUAGUCAAUGUGGGAACCCGGGGACAGCAGAAGACUGCUGGCUACGGGGCCACUGGCACUGGUCUGAAUGGCUCGAGCCAAGCGGGCAUAGCCAGGGCAGGACUGCAGCAGGGCGGAACUACAGGCGCUCUGAACAACACUCAGAGCAGCUCGAACAAUGUAGGCUUUGCCGGCGCAGGUGUCCAACAAGCUGGUGCAUCUGGUGCUACCAGCAAAGGUGGGUUCAGCAACGGGAUGACUGGUCUCGGCACCACUGAACCUUCCGGCUCGAAGUCCACCGUUGUCAACGGCGUAACCACCAAGCGCACCGUCAGGCAGCUCAGCACUGGUGGCUACAAGCUCACUGUUCUCCAGGAGAAGGUCCAGGCUGUUUCUCACAAGUGCAAGACUCAGCUAGGCCUAUCCUCUAGCGAGAUCAGCAAGCGUAGCAUCAGUGUUGACGCUUUCUUUGAUGCUGUUGCCGUCGAGCGACUUCGCUGGAUGCCCCGUGACGGAAGCAGACUCGAUUGCAGUCUGCGAUGGGCCUCUAGACUGGCGUAUGCCGUUGACGCCCUCCGUGAAUCUGUCGGAGCCUUUGCACCCGCCGCCAACGAGGCUGCGACGCUCAUCUGGGGAUUCGCUAUUCUGUUGCUUGAGUCUGAUCUUGACAACACAGACGUAUUUGAGAGCGUCUUCGGACGCUAUGGUCGUGUCGCUGUUGGCAUUUACCUGCUCUUGCAGUAUGAGACGGCUUACAAGUCUUCUCCUGAGCUCCAGCCAGAAGUCGCAGCGGUCUUCGCUGACCUGCUUGAGAUGGUGUGUAGCACCACCAUAAGCUGUGUCGAUGGCUUGAAGAGUAAGGAGUCUGACCAAGUUAUCGGUCGCAACGUUGAUUCUGCCUUUUUGAUCUAUGCCAAGCGCUUCUCAACCCAUUGGAACAUCAUCGUUGACGCUCACACCUCCAAGAUCGCGGAGAGUAGUUCUCUGAUCUAUUCCUCGCCCGAACUUGGUAGCUUGCGUCAGUUCCUCGGCGUACAAGACCGCCCACUGCAAUUUAUCCUGGACUCGCGCGCUCACUCGCUUGCUGAAGGAUCGUUUGAGUGGUUUAACAACACACUUUACGACUUCACCGUUUCGAGCUCUCCUGCGAUGGUGAUUGCCGGCGGUCCCGGAUCCGGAAAGAGUGCAUUGGCUCAAUGGACCGUGGAAAGACUGCAGGAGUCAGCGGAGCACGACAGCUGGAAUGUGGUUCCUUACACCAUUCGUGCCGAUAUCCCUGUUGCGACCUUGCCACUGCGCAUCCUGAAGGGCGUUUUGCACCAGAUGUUGGACCACUCUGUGAGCGACAAGGUUACCCAAGAGGCAGUUCUGGUUGAAGUUGCUCAGGCAGCUCAGGCAGCUAUUGAUGGGGCCGGAGAUGACGCAGUUGAAGGCUCUUUGUGGAAGGGUAUUCAAGCUGGUCUCUCCUCGAACAUCCAGUACAUGUUUGUGGUUGAUGGCAUUGACCAGAUCAAGGGUGGCGAGACCGAUGCUAUGGCAUGCCUUGACCACUUCUGCGAGCUUCUGUCGCAACAGAAUGCUGGGUCCAAGAUGAUUGCCUUUACCCGACCUCUCAGCGCAAGGCCCCGUACGCAGGGAAUCCAGCAAUUCACUAUUCAGGCCUCACAGACCAAGGCAGAUCUUACAUCCUACGUCAGCAAGCUACUUUCGGCUGGUGCGAACUUCGACACCCAAAAGGGUAACCACUUCAAGGCUGCUGUAUCUGCCAUUGUUGGACGGUCUCAGGGUUCAUUCAGCUGGGCCGAAAUGGCGGUUGCAUAUGCACAGCAGCAAAAGACUCUGAACAAGGCUGUGAUAUCCGUGCAGAGCUUGCCACAGAGCAUGCCCGAGCUUCUUGACUUCCAUUCGAAACACCUUGAUCUCAGCCAGCAGGGCACUAUCAGCGUCGUGUCCUGGCUUGCUGCAGCCGAGAGGCCAUUGCUUGUGGAAGAGAUUGAGCACUUGCUGAACGUGGACCCUCAGAGCCCCAGCUACUACUCUAAGCGACCACAGGAAGGCUAUGAGACCUUGAACGCACUCAGUCCUUUGGUCAUGACUCGGGAUGGUGUUGUGUCUUUUGCACACACAUGCAUUCGUGACCAUGUCAUCAAACAGGCCAAGUCGACUGGAGGAAAUGCUGAGCUCAGCCUCAAGGAUGCGCAUUAUGAUCUGCUUACCAGGUCUCUCUCUUGUGUGCAGCUGAGCAUGAACGAGGAAGUUGAUGUGUCCCUUGACAAGCUUAGCAUGGAGGAGCGUAACCAACUUUUCGACAAGUAUGUUCUAUUGGAAUAUACCGCACGCUACUGGCUAUCGCAUCUCCUGUCAUCUCCUCUUGUUACUGACGAUGGAGAGUUCCGCUUUACUCCAGACUUCAAGAAGCUCAUGCCUGCAACAGUUCUGUUCGCGCGUUUGGAACUUACUUGCCGCGAGUCUCAAUUCACUCGCUCUAGUGUGGUUGAGCUAUACCGACUUGCAAGUGACAUUCGGCGAGUGGUUCUCGGCGAUAAGUCUAUCGCAUUGCUGGAGAGUCUGGUUCUCAGUGCGCGAGUUUCCCAGUUGGCCCACGCAAGCCAUGCUGAUGAGCAUUGCUACGAAGCGUGGAAGAUGAGCCAGGAGCUUCUCGGACAGUCCCAUGCCAUCACAUUGACCUGUGCUGAGAUGAUGACCCAGUCGUUUGCUGAACGAGGAACAAUGACAUCUCAGCAAGAGGAUAUCAUGAAGUACCUGAUCUUGACUGACUCCGAGAUAACUGGCGUCGAGUUUAACCAGCGCUUGAAGUAUCUCGGAAUGAUUGUUGGCAUGUACAAGUCCCGUGGUGACAACAACUCUGCCCUCUUCAUCUCGAAGCACUUCUACCAGCAGGUGCUUCAGAAGUAUGGUACCAACUCGCACCAGUCAUCGGAGACUGCAGACUUCUUGACCGGUCAGUUCUCCACAACCGGAAGCGAUGAAAUGAGCCGUGAUAUUGCGAGAACCAAGUAUGACAAUGUGGUCCGAACGAUGGAGGUCACGGACGAGCGCCGCAUCAGCUACACUCUCUACAUGGCAGAGAUGUAUGAGAAACAGGGCGAUAUAGUCCAUGCCCAGGCUGUUCUGUCUAGCCUCUGGGCUGGACUCAACUCACGCGACAUUGACUCCGUCGACAUGAUGGACAAGAAAUCCAACGUCGCACUUGUUUACUACCAAUUCCUCCGCCGCCAGGGCCGAAACGACGAGGCCGAAGUGAUCAUCCGUGAACUGGUCGCUGACCUCGAGGUGACUGGCAUCCACUCCUCGGAAAUGAUGCAGCGCGUGUCGCUCCUCAAGGCAGAGACUCGUGAGAUGCACAUGUACAGUCUGGAUCGUUCUUUGUCUGUCCUCAUGUGGCGCUACUACAAGGAGACUCACCAAGAGUAUUCCGAGGAAUCUACAGCUCUCGCGCUUUCUAUCGCCCAGAGUAUGGCAAAUGCGGUCUCAAUUGAGGACGCCUCGUCCCUAACCAUGCGCGAUCGCAAGCUGCUGGUUGAGCUGCUGGACGUUAUCUCAGCUAGCUCAAGCAACCUGACGGUCACGACCUUGAUUAUGUGUCACAACCUCUCUAGCAUUUACGUGCGCGAGGGAGACUUUGUUCAGGCCAGUGAAUGCACAAUGGCCGUUAUGCAACAUAUCUGGCCGACAGUGGAACAGCCUAAAUCCUACAAGAAGUUCUCGCAUGAACUUGCACCUCCAGCCGCAGACCUUGCUCUCGUCUUGGCUUACUGCUACUUCCGCAGGCUGCAUCUGGAGCAGGCCACGACUGUGUACCAGAACGCCUUCGGGUCCUUGAUCGCAUCAGACAGAGUUCCAGUUCCAUCUGUGCUUGCUGUCGCCAAGGCCGUGGUUGGAUUCUACGAGACAUCUUACCAGUUCACCAAGGCGCUCAAUUUGCUACACACUGUCAGCAACUUCUUGUCGUCCAGAAUUGGUGAAUCGCACAAGCAUACCAUUGAUAACAUGUAUAUUGAGGCUGCUCUGGCGACUCGCCUAGAGAUGACUGGCGAGGCCAAGAGCACCUACCAGCGAAUUUUCAAGGCUACAUCGCAAGAGAAGACUGUCGCUCCCGAGGGAAUCGAGGCUGCAAUCGCACUGGUGGCACUUUAUGAGUCGGAGAUGCAGUGGGACUCUGCUCUGGAGGUCUACCGAGCUCUUUGGCCAACCCUGGUUGUCGAGGAUAACAAAGAGGAAUCCUAUGACCACACUCUGUUGGACCGAAUGCUCGAAAAGACCUAUAUGGGAUACAUGUCUAUCUUGACAACCAAGCGGACCUCUGCAUUCUCAGAGCGUUGGCAGGUUGCUUCUGACUAUGUUAUGACUUGUCGCCACGUCCAUGGUGAAACUAGCCAAAAGACACUGAACGCUACUCUGCUCUUCGCCGAGCUGUGUGAGUCCAGCGACUUGUACAUGGACCAAGCGAUCAAUUUGUACAAGAUCCCCCUGCAGACCACGGAGUGGGUUGCUGCUCCCGAGGCCUCCAGGGGUCUUGAUCAAAUGACCGUUCCAUUGCCCAUCACACUGAAGCACAAGCUCGCGCAGUUGUUCGUUCGCAAGCAUGAUUCAACCAGCGAGGCCCGUUCUCUGUAUACCGAGGAGUUCCAGCUAGCCAAGAAGACCCAGGGAUACUUCUCGACUACCACGCUUUCUUGGCUCCGAGAGCUCGCCCUGGCGCAUUCCCGCCAAGGUACCCCAACAUCCAUUCAGCAAGGAAAUGCCAUUUUGCACACCUUCUCCACAGAUGUAUUGCAUGCCGGUGGGGACUCUGACAUGGUUGGCGACUGGGCCCGCAGAAUCGCAAGCAUUUAUAUUGAGUGCGGCUUCAUUGAAGGCGGCAACAAUGUGCUCGACGAGCUACGUCAACGCGUCAUAUACAGCUCUGAAGCCUCAGCCGUGACCAUGGGUGACCGUCGCGACGCUGUGUUCGUUGCUGCCUUUGAGGAAGUAUUCGGCAAACGUGCCAGCUACGAUCAGAUCAUGACAGAAAUGUCUCGUGAGAUGGGUACCUACCAAAAGUUCUCAAGAAACCUCUCUGGUCAUGACUUCAUCCCCACAUUGAUCUCUGGCCAUGUGCUGUACACUCUACAACACGAUCAGAAACGGACCCGUGCUGCAAAUGACACCAAGGACAAGUUGUACGAUUACUUCUGUUCCAACCUGUCUGCCACCAGCGUGAGCGAUAAGGGAAUUGUACAGCAAUUCUACCAGAUCUGUCUGCGUGAGGUUCACCACGAGAACUACACAACCAGCAUUCUCAAUACCUCCGCAAACCUCGUUCGGGAAUUGUGCAAUUCAUCACGGUUCCAGGAGAGCGCUAUUCUGACGGGUGUACUGCACUCGUUCCUGCAUCUGACCGAUGGUCUGAACAACUAUGACAAUAUCAAGACAGCCACACAGAUCUGUCUCUAUUUGAGUGGUCACAAGGCAACCAAGUGCACCGACGAGAAGACUUACAAUGGCAUGUCAGUGAAGUCAAAGCUGCUCCUACAAGAUAUCAUGACAGCCUCCAAAUCCAUCGGCAUUGAGAUGGUCGACAUGCCCUUCGGUGACCUGAACAACAUCAUCACACUCCUAGGCGAGUACGAGAUGUUCGAUGACCUGGAAGGCAUCCUCUCCCAGCUCUGGACCUCCCGUAUCGUCCAACGCACCUGGACCCCAGAUGUAGUCGUGUGGAUUGGUCGACGCCUCGUCGAAACCCGCUUCUGUCGCGGCCACAUCGACUCCUCCAUCCAGCUCUGCCGCGAUAUCUGCUACAAUCUGCGCCAAGUCUGGGGAAGCUGCGAUCCAGUUACACUGGAAAUGACAAAGCUUCUCUCUGGUCUCUUCACUGCAUCCGAUAACCACCAGUCAGCGGCUACUUUGCACGAAGGCAUCCUGUAUGACCUUCUCGGUGACUCUGAUGCGAAGGGCCACGAGCGUGCGGCUGAUACUGCUUCGCAACACAUGGAGUUGCUGCGUCGGGCGCAGGCCCGUUUGGGCGGGACCUCGAAGAGAGCUUCCGCGCACGCUGGACUGUUCCAGUCUCUUACUGAUCGCUUUGGAUUGCAGUCUGAGCAGACUCAGAGCGUUGGAGAGGCUAAUGGUGGUGACAGCUUUGGUAUUUGGUCUAAGCCUCGUCGCUUCAGCAUUGAUGUUGAAGAUCUGGAGAAAGAGGGACAGGCCCAUUCCAACCAUCUGCGCGAGUCGAGCGGAGCUGGUCUGUAUGGCAAUGGUGCUCCGAGACGUAUUUCGGUGCAGGCACUGUGA